UCCAAAACACAUAACACCACCCAACCCCAGGACAUCACUCACACCCUCUCCUUCUCUCUCUCUCUCUCUCUUUCUCUCUGUCUGUCUGUCUCUCUCUCUCUCUCUCUAUCCCCCCCUUGUUCUUCAUUUUCUCCCAAACCCUCACCAACAGCAAACAAAAGAGAGAAGCUCAACAGUUGAGGGGAAAAGAAAAACAACUCUCACAUGAGGUUAGAGAGUAGAAAGAUGGCUGAUUCAGCUGUUUCAGCUGAAAAUUUGGUGGGUGAUGCUCAAAAGCCCUUUCUUCUCUCUUUUCUGGUGAAGGUUAGCGGCAUUUGAUUCAUCAAAACACCCAGAAAGCCACCUCAGAAAGCCACAAAAGAAGCAAAGCAAAGACUGAUCAUACCCCAAGAAGCUCUCCCUCUUUGUCUCUCAAUUUACUUCACCUGGGUAUUUUUAUGCCUUGAGGUAAAUAGGGUUUCGGACAAAAAACAAAACAAAAGGAAAGAAAUGGAUCCAGUUACAGCCCAUGGUCGUCCUCUUCCUCCUCCUUUCCACACCAGAGAUCUUCAGCUGCACCACCACCACCAAUAUCAACACCACCCACAAGCCAAUUCUGAAGAUGAACAAAGUGGCAGCAGCAGCUUAAACCGAGCACAGAAGCGUGAUCGCGAUGAAAGUAACGCCACCAACAACACUAGUCCGAUUGACGGCAAAGAAUUCGGCACAUCCAGUGGCGAUGGAGAGAUCACGAGAAGACCUAGAGGCAGACCAGCUGGCUCCAAGAACAAGCCCAAACCUCCCAUCAUUAUAACACGAGACAGUGCCAACGCCCUCCGAUCCCAUGUCAUGGAAAUUGCCACCGGAUGCGAUAUCAUGGACAGUCUAAACACCUUUGCUCGGCGGCGACAGAGGGGGAUUUGCAUUUUAAGCGGUAGCGGAACUGUGACCAAUGUCACUCUAAGGCAACCCGCUUCCCCCGGUGCAGUUGUGACCUUACACGGAAGAUUUGAGAUCUUAUCGCUCUCCGGCUCUUUUCUACCCCCUCCAGCACCGCCCGCUGCGUCGGGGCUAACCAUAUACCUGGCCGGCGGACAGGGGCAGGUGGUGGGUGGUAGCGUGGUUGGGCCGCUACUAGCCUCGGGUCCAGUGGUAAUCAUGGCUGCUUCAUUUGGUAAUGCCGCAUACGAGAGGCUUCCUCUGGAGGAUGAAGAGCCGCAGGUUCCGAUUCCCGGAAGCGGCCCUCUUGGAUCUCCGGGAAUGGUGGGACAACAGCCGCAACAGCAGCAGCAGCAGCAACAGCUUUUGCCAGAUCCUAACGCAUCUCUUUUUCAAGGGUUACCUCCAAAUCUUCUCAAUUCAUGCCAAUUACCUGCUGAGGCCUAUUGGGGAACUGCUCGCCCACCCUAUUAGCAACCAGAAAAAACAGAAACUAUGUUUUAUUUUUCUUUUCUUUUCUUCGCUCCUUUGUUUUCACUCUCCUGUCACCUUUUUCAUUCUUCUUCUUUUAUUAGUUAUGUUUAAGAUGAUAAUCCAGCGCGAUAUUCGUCUGCCUUUAAUUGAAGAAGGAUGUACAAAUUCUUGAAUUUUUGGUGGGUUUGAUUUGAUUUGAUUUUAUUUCA